UGAUACAAAUUUUUAAAUUCGUUUGAAAUCUUGUUGUAGUGAAAAUAGUGAUUAAAAGAAGAAAACUCAACAUAAACACCCUAAAAUAGUUCAAUUAUUGUAAAUGGGUGUACUUGCAUACAAAUAACGUGAGAAUAUCAGAAAUGUUGGAUACGUCGAAGAAAAUAUUAAUAUUUUCUGAAAUGGAUAGUGCCUCAACUUCAGUGGGAUAAACCAUUUGUGUACACUUUUAGUUGAAUAUUUACCUGCAACCAACAACACACAAGGUCACCAGUAUUAAAAAUAUUACCAGUUUUUAUCCCACAAACUGGUAAAUGUGAGCUGACUGUUCCAAGUUGUCUACGGGGCCUAGUGUUUGGCUUCCACGUCUGUGUUUGUUUAUCAACCUCGCACAUUCUCCAGAAACCAAAAACAGAGAUUUUGCACAAUGGCUCAACCGAUAGACGCAGAACUUGUAGACGGUACAUUGUCUCCGACCUGGAAACGUCCAGAUGAAGUUAUGAAACUUCAUAGAUUGAAGCAGAAGAAAAAAGCAUUACAGGCUCGAAUGAACAAGCCCGAUUUACCACAGAACGCGGCGAGAAGUUUUUUUAAUGUUGGGAGUGAAGUGGUGUCUGAAAAGAGGAAAAACCCUUUCAGGUGCCAGCAGGAAAAGAGAGCAAGAAAUGAUGAAGUGCGGACUGUCAGAUGCGGUGAGCUGGAGUUAUCAUCGGACAACACUCUGUUCCACUUGCUCAACGUGGACACGAGUGCACGGUCAAAGACUGAGAAUUUACAGACUUCAUUCACAAGUGCGUUAAGUCAGCUUUCUGGAAACAGUAAUGAGGUUAGUCACGUUGAAAAGGACAAGAGUCCGAUGGGUGAAGCAUACAUCCCGAUAGAUUGGUCGCUGAAAACAAAGGUGCGGUUCAUGUCCCGAAAACCCUUCGCUUGGAACCAGAAGCUGCGUACAUGUGAAGAAGCUUCAGGAAUUACGGGUUUUGUGCGUUGUUUGAACAUUGGGCUGGAUUCAGGAAAGGACCCUCAUAAUUCUCACACUCUUGACACAAGUCCUAACGCUCAUUUCCAUCAGUGUUGUCUUGUGUGGCAACAUCCGGCACUGCCUUGGAUCGAGCUGUUUCCUCGUUCAGCGGCUCGUCUGAGUUCUGGAGCCAACAGUAUAAUAUUGUCAUCUCAGAAUCUUAAAGAUAGUCUACAACGAGAGUGGAGAGAAAGCUUUCGUUCUCUGUUUCAACUAACGCGUGCUCGGCAGUGCCCAUAUUUCUACGUUUGCGCCAAUACUUUCACUUGUCUCUUCCGAGCUGCAGGCAUUCUUGGUUUCACGGAUAUCCACGCUCUUCUAACUCCUACCACAAGAGGCUUUCGGCAGAUGCUGAAGGAGGAAGAUGUGCUGUACGCCAUGCCGCUCAGAAAAUCAACGCGGUCGUUCAAGCGACUGUCUUCCGAUAGUGCAAGUGAUACUGGGUACGAAACACUGGAUUCUGUAGUUGAUGAUCAAUCACAGACGCACAGUACUGGUACGUCACAGUUUGCUGAUGAAUUGAUAGAUGAAGAUGAGUCAACAGAUGAGUGGCUGGAAAGCAUGGGCGUAGCAGCCGAAGAAAUUCGCAGAAUCAGCUCUAAACAGUCAAAGAUUGAGAAGGACAAGGAGAAGGAAGUGGAUCGAACUCCGGAAUCCCUCGUUUACGUUGAAGGCGUCGAGGCACAGGCUCUGUUCAAUUGCUUGAUGAACUGCAAGUCUUCAACUGCAACGACUGGUCCAUUGGCAGGUGUCCCUCCUACUUUAAUGGCUCCUGUUGCUUUUCAUGGGGCCACCUUGAAGUCGCUGAAGGUUCGGCAGAGUGUUGUCAAGGUUGACAUGGAGAAAUAUCAUUCGAUGGAACUCCGUGGUCCGAUCUUGCCUCACGCUGUUCAAAACCUGUGUGGCUUGCUGGAGCAGUCAUCAGAUGAAUUCUCUGCAGCGUUCGCUAAUUUGGAGUCUACUCGACCGUUCUCGCUCGUAACUAAUGUUCCUAUCGAUAACCAUGAAACCAACGAACCACUAGCAGAUUGUAUGAAGUCUUCUGAGACGUCCGAUAGCCGCGGCAGUACCGCACAGACACCUGGCAAAUCGGCUGUGCCGUCUGCCUUCGGGAAGGAGAAUCUGAGUGACUGUGGACUUCCGCUACCCGUACUUGAGAGAUUUUGUUGUUCAGAUGCAAGUAGAAUUCACACAUUUGAUAGCCUGAGGUUUAAUUUAGAUUCUACUUAUUCGUGGUCCUGAUGUGGACUUAUGUGAUAUUUUAAUCCGUUAUUUUUAAAAUGGUGUGCCUUUUAACAUGUAAGGUCCUGCAGAAAAGGAAUUUCUAGAGCAAAAAUAAUGCUGACCUAUCUUACUUGGUGGCUAUUUAAGACACUGCAAAUUAUUCUAAAUGAAGCCAUAAAGACUGAAUUGUUUUAAAUUGAAACUUUUAGAUUCAAUAAUUUUUUAUGCUUUUUGAUAUAAAAUUCUAACUGCAGCCUUAAAAUAAAAGAAGGAAGGUAUGUAUAUCACAGAGUAAUAAAUGUCCUGUAGUGUGAUCA